CUACCGAAACGGACGUUGAGUUGAACACUGAAAGCCAUGCGUUCACUGCAAAAGUCAAACACUUUUUUUUGGUGCAAUCGUCACGUUAUUAGUGAACGGCCCGUGUGUUUGGGGCGCAAAUCUGUGGCCAUUUUGUGCGACACAACGCAUGUCUGUCACCGCAACUGAUCCACAACUUGUGGUCUGUCUUCACACCUGAUUCACACGCCAUUCACACACAGACAUCAGCCAUGAGUGCGGAUCCGAUCGCAGUUAUCCAGCAGUCAGUGGUGGCCACGACUACGGCCACAGACACUGACGCCACGAUCGAUGCCAUCACUGCCGCCACCACUACCUCAUCGACAGCGGCGGCCGCGAAGGUGUCGCUGAAGACGUCGACGGCCAGCGCUCUGACUGUGGACCAGAAGCGGCAGUUGAGGGCAAACAAGUUCGCCGACAAUCGGCUCCAGGAGAGGGCCAAUAGGUUUGGCACGAACUCGAGCGCCAACCCCUCCAACAGCACCGCCUCUUCGGCGCCCGCAUCGGCCAACGCGUCCGUUGUGGACGAGAAGCUGAAGCUGAGGGCCAACAGGUUUGGCACCGUUUGCGAGACACUGAAGAAAGUGGAGGACAGCGAGCGCUUGAAUAAGAGGAAAGAGAGGUUCGGUGUGACGACUACCAGUCCAUCGGUGGCCGCGAAGGGAACGCAAGCCAUACAGAAGAAGACGACAGUAUCGGACAAGAAGCAGCAACGGUUAGCCCGGUUUGGCGCCACUUAAGACACGAUGACUACAACGGUUGGAGUUUGCGAUUUAUUGAUCAUUGAAUGACUGAUGAUAUCACAUAUGAUUGAUUGGAUUUGUAUGACUGUAUGACUUGUUUUUUGUAAUUUAUAAUAAGUUUAUUGUAUUUCGAGUGAACGACUGUGUCUUAAAAAGACUAUUUUGUAUCCGA